AUGGCAAGUCGUAUAUUAAGUUUUGUUUCAUGUACAUUAUAUUUUUUUUUUCUUAUUAAUUUUACUAUUAUUGGUUUAACUUCAUUCAUUAUUGGAGUUGUUGGUAUUGGUCGUUUUAUACCAACACAUAUUACUUAUACAACACAUAAAAAUACUACAUGUUUUAUUGUUGAUGUUGAUUAUGAUAUAUGUCAAGAUUCAUGUUAUUGUGUUAUGUGGUCUAUUGAAUAUCAUAUUUCAAAAUCUCAUAAAUAUACAUUUUCAACAAUAAUACAUAGAUAUGAAACAUUAGAUGAAGUAUUAAAAAAAAUAACUAUUUAUAAUAUACGAACUAAUCAUACAUGUUAUUAUGAUAAAACACAACAUGUUAAUAUACGAUGGGAAAAACCAUCGUCAUCAAAACCUUAUUUAAUUAUGAUGAUUGUUGGAUUUAGUUUAACAGGAAUAUAUAUUAUUAUUAUUGCAGUUGUUUCUUUUUAUCGAUCUCGAAGAACAAUAACAUAA